UCCCUGCAGCAGGAGAUCAUUUAUUUAUAGAUGAUUUCAUCAGUUUGAUAUGAGGUUUUUAAUAACCUCAGACUUUGAACUUAGUUUUUUUAAAUGACUAAAAAUGUUCUGAUUUUUUUUUUUUUUUGGACGAGUUAAACAUGACUUCAUUUUAAACUUCUUUAAGGAGCAGCGCUGCAGUGAAACAUGACCAACUCCACUCGUCUGUCAUAUUUCAUACUUGGUGCCUUUUUUGACACCGGACACUUUAAAUACCUGGUGUUUGUUAUUGUCCUGUGUCUGUAUGUGUUGAUCAUUGUCUCCAACCUGCUGUUGAUUGUUGUCAUCUGUAUGAACAGGAGUCUACAUGAACCUAUGUACCUGUUCCUGUGCAGCCUGUUUGUGAAUGAACUGUAUGGAUCCACAGGUUUGUUUCCACUCUUACUCAUCCAGGUUCUCUCUGACAUUCACUCUGUUCCUGUUCCGUUCUGUUUCCUGCAGAUCUUCUGCAUCUAUACUUAUGCUUCCAUACAGUUUUGUAAUUUAGCCGCCAUGUCCUACGACAGAUACCAGGCCAUCUGCUGCCCUCUGCAGUAUAAUGCACAUAUGACUUCUCACAAGGUGACAGUCCUCAUCUGCGGCGCCUGGUUGUACCCGUUUGUUUGUAUGUCUGUCCUGAUUUCUCUCAGCAUUCCCCUGCAGCUGUGCGGAGACACCAUUGACAAAGUCUACUGUGACAACUACUCCAUAGUGAAGCUGGCCUGUUCUGACACCACAGUCAACAAUGUUUAUGGGAUGUUCUACACAGCCUCACUGAUUGUUAUGGUUCUGCUCAUCUGUUACUCCUACCUGAGGAUUUUUAAAGUCUGUUUUUCUGGCAGUAAACAGACCAGACAGAAGGCUCUCAGCACCUGCUCUCCUCACCUGGCCUCACUCAUCAACUUCUCCUGUGGCUGUUUCUUUGAAAUCGUACAGAACAGGUUUGACAUAAAGAAUGUGCCAAACAUCAUUCGUAUAUUUUUGUCACUCUACUGGCUCACCUGCCAGCCAGUCUUUAACCCCAUCAUGUACGGACUGAAUUUGACCAAAAUACACGUCACGUGUAAAAAGGUUUUCUUUAGUAAAAGGUGAAGGAGAAGAAAAAAUGAACAUCAAACCUGAAUAUCAGGGUGGUCGUUGAGUUACUUCUCACAGUACAGCUGGUUGCCAUGGCUACAUAAAAAUGUGCUUUUGAAUACUUCUAAAAGACUUCAGCUGUCACUUCUCUGAUCCGUGCAGGAAGAAGCUGAAGUGCUUUUGAAAGUAUAUUUGUAAGUACCACUAGUCGCUGCACCCGAAAAGACUGACUAACUGUUUGAACAACAAACUGCAAUGUUUUUAUUUAUCAUCUUCUAAGCUGACAGCUGGGAUUAAGUGGUAGAUAAUGGAUGGAUGGAUGGAGUUUUACUCCUCUUUUUUCCUUAACUCAGUAAAGUCAGUUUCUUACACAUUUCAAUUCUUAACACACAAUUCUUAAUAAGGGAAGAGGGAGGAUUCAACCUGCACCCUCUGAUAAUCAGCCUUAUGGCUGCAGCACAGGUGAAGAAACUAUAGUGUCAGUGUUUCCAUCGGAGAAUUUCCUCUUUGUUGAUCUUAGUCGUUUGAACCCAGAAAGAAAUGUUAAUACAUUUGACUGAUAUGAUGUAAAUGUAAAAUAAAAGAAUGUCAAAUAAUGUGGAUGAUAUUCAACAGGAUAUUCAUUGGUUGUUCUUCUUGGUCCUAGUGUUAAAAAAAGAACAGGUGUUGGGGUGUUUUU